CGCUCGGAGGACCUUCCUGAGGCCAAGAGCCGAAGGGUCCAGAGAGAGAAGCCCGCCCUAGGGGAGCCUUGGGGUCCCCCCAACCUCGUCUUGGGGCUCGGCCCCCGACGCUGCUUGGAGGAAAAGCCGGUGCCCCCACCCUCUGGGGCUGCCCUCCUCCAAUCCAGGUCCCUCUCCAGCGCUGUUCACAUCUGGAGGCCCCUCCACAUCUGGAAGACCCUGACCACCGUCCCUAUGCAGGUUCGGCUGCUUCUAGAGACCUCUGCCUUUGUAACUGCCUAGGAGUUGCGAGGGGAUUGCUGCCUUCCCCCAUCCCAAGGGCAUCUCUUACCCGAGUCCUUGCAGAAUCAUCCCCCUGCCUCCACACCCAGAUUCAGGCAAAGAUCAGCUCUGUACACCACAGGCACUUCAAGUGCUGGAAGCUGUUCUUGGGCCCUAAGGCCCCUCCCCUUGCCCUCCUGUGUCCUCACCUUGACCCCCCCAACGCCCCCCCCCGUCAGACUCUGUCUCCCUCUGGGUGCUCCAUCCCCCACCCAGAGGCAGAGUAGGUCGAGUGGCAGGCUGCAGGGGCUGGGUGAGGGCCGCCCAAGGCCAGGGUAGGCUGGGGGGCCGUUAAAAUGUGGAGCUCUGCCCGGCCGAGGGGGGCUCCGUGGAGGCAGGCAAAGCGUGUGCCCCGCUGGGGCGAGUAUGGGCAGGCUUGCGGCCACGUGGUGAAGGAUGAACAUUCGGGGUGCCCCGGACCUCGGGCAGCCCAGUGACGACCCCAACAGUGGUGGAGAGAGAGAACGGAUUCGACAGCGCAUGAAGAUGGUCAUCGGGCAACUUGAAGGCAUCCUGAGGGAACUCAAAGAAGUGGCUAAGGAGCUGAGGGAGGUGGUGAGUCAGAUCGACAAGCUAACCUCUGACUUUGACUUUGAACUGGAGCCGGACGACUGGACCACGGCCACUGUGAGCAGCACCUCCAGCAGUGACAAGGCGGGGGUGGGCGGCCCCUUUGACCUGGGCCACCUGGACUUCAUGACAGCCGAUAUCCUCUCAGACAGCUGGGAGUUCUGUUCCUUCCUGGACGUCUCUACCCCGUCAGACUCUGUGGAUGGCCCCGAGGCACCACGGCCAGGCGCAGGCCCUGACUACCAGCUCAUGAAUGGUGGUCUGCCCAUCCCCAAUGGGCCACGAGUGGAGACGCCAGACUCCUCCAGCGAAGAGGCCUUCGGCGCUGGCCCUGCAAAGGGUCAGGUGCCCCAGCGGACCCCAGGGACGAGGGAGAGGGUACGGUUCAGUGACAAAGUGCUCUACCAUGCUCUGUGCUGUGAUGAUGAAGAGGGGGAUGGUGAGGAGGAGGAGGUAGAGGAGGAGGCAGGCCUGGCCCCAGAGCUGGCCCAUGUGGAGCCACACACAGGCCCCCUCAAGCCCUCCCCAGCCCCCCACAAGACCAGGCGCUCUCCGUUGACCACCCGACGCUUGGGCCCCACGUUGGCUCCAGAACAGACCCGGAGGGUCACAAGGAACAGCAGCACCCAGACAGUGUCAGACAAGGGCACACAGACAGUGCUACCUUAUACGGCCACCAAACAGAAAGCCAAGGGCAAGAACUAGGGGCUGGGGAGGGGGGAAUGCAUAGAGCUAUAAAUAUAUAUAUAUAUAUUUAAACAAACACAGUCAUAAUAAAAUUCAUAAAUACUAAGGAUCCGGGCCCACAGGCCCCAAAGCCUUCAAGAAAGCUCAUCCUAAAACAAUCAGAGGCCCAGGAUUCCCCCUCCCUUCCAUAUGGCAGGGUUCCUGAAGGGAGCUGAACCCUACCAUUCCCACUACAAGUCCCCAGCACCAUAGAGUCUGUGAGUGCUGGCCUGGGCCAUGUCCUAGAGGGAACUCGGCAGCUGGAGGCAAGCUAAAGGAAGCUCACCUGGAAGACUAGGAACUUAGAACACAGGGUUGGCGCCACUGUGGCUAGACACAGAAGCCCCUCUGUCCUCCUGGGCGGAGCUACGUGGACAGACAGCCCCACCUCACGCUCGCCCCCACCCCCCACCCUGCAUCUUAGGGUUGCCCCAAACACUGAGAAGGGCACCCUGCCCUCAGGCACACUGCACUACCAGGAGCCUGGUAGCCGCGGAGCAAAUCCAAAAAUCCAAUCCACUCCCGAUUCUUUCAGCUCCCAUUCUUAGCUCUGGAGUUCAGAAUUCUCAGAUCUUGGCCCUGAGCAGAUCCCAGGUGUGUGGAUAGUUGAUAGCAGCCAUCAGAGUGCUGGGAACCAAGACCCAGAUGUGCUGGACCAUCCGCACUAGGCAGGCAGAGGGGAGGAGGAAAUCCACUGCCUUCCCCUGGCUCCGACUUCUUCAUGCCCAACCGCUUAGCUCACCUUAAUAAGUCCUGAACGGCAGCAACAGCUUCAUCUGCAGUGUGACCUCCCAACAACUGCAUUCAAAUGUCUUGAGGGUGAUAAUGUAAGGCACUGGUCACAUUUAUUGAGCAGGCCACUGUGCUGAAUGGCACCAUAUGACAUUAUCUUCUUGCCCCAUUUUUCAGAUGAGAAGACUGAGGUUCAGAGAGGUGAAGUAAGUGGCCCAAGGUCACCAAGCUUCUGCUUUCCUGUCCCCAAGAACAAGUACUUUACAGGCUAUGCCUGGCCCUGUCAUAUAGCAGCCAUAUCACCUUGGGCAAAUCCAUUUGCCUCUUUGAACCUUUCGACUCCAGCUGUAAAAUGGGUCUGAUAGUCUGGACCACCUCAGCUGCAGUCACAGGGAUUCAGCAAGUGGAGAGUGUACACACUCGAGAUCAAUUGGAGGCACUGAAUGCCUACUGUGGUCAGUGUGGGUCACCCCACAUCUCUAGUGACUUCCAGCCUAGAGGGGCUGAGUAGAAGCCUUUCACACCCGGUCAAAAGCCAUCCUGAGUCAGAAGGAUCACAUGGCUUUGCCCCUCCAAACAGCUUGAGGCCAUAAGAUGGCCACAGUGUGACUCAUUACUCUGCCUGGAGCAGACAGGUAAGGUCGGUGAACCAGUGAGAACAUCAGUCCUGAGGCCUUCCUGGGGUACAUUUCUAUUCAUGCAGAACCAUAACCCACCAGGAGGGGCCUUAGGAUCUGCUGGUACCUGCUGCCCCUGCUUGGGGAGGUGCUGUGUAACCCGAGUAGGGACUAGCAGGCUAGUCUAGGGCGGAUACAAGGACAUGACUGGAAAUCUGGCAAACCUUCGGUAUCACGGGAUGAGACCUGUCCCAACUGUAGUGAGGUCAGAGCCCUACAAAGCCGGUGUGGUGCAGCCACCAGAGUAGAAGUCCAGUGAUGGCCAGCUGGGGACCAGUGGGCCAGCAAGGCCCUGCCCUCCCUGAACAGUUCCCAUUCUCUCUCUGAGGCUGGUUUUUCCCCAUCAGUGGUGAGAUUGUUUUUCUCAUCUUUUCAACCAUUAUGGCAAUGAAACCUACAGAGCGGUUCUCAUUUCACAGGGGAAGAAAUUCAAGCCCAGGGCCAGGGUCUCUGAGAGUCCCUAUGAGGGAUUUUUUUUUCUUCCUUCCUAAAUCCCUCCUUUGAGCCAGGUUCAUAUGACUACCGUUAGGUCACAGAUAACCUCAACCACUUGUGCCCAGGUGGGGCGUAGAGUGUGUGUCCUGGUUUUGAAGUAGAUAGAAGUCCAUCAUGGUGAAGGCACAGAAAGCCCUUGGCCUAUUCACCAGAUCCAGACAUCACUGACAGUGGGAUAGGAUCGCCAGGACUUCUCACGACUUGACACAGACCGUGUCCACCCAGGGAGAAAAGGCGUUCUGCCCAUCAAAGCAGGUGCUCCUGCCCUUAGAGCACACAAAGCCAUCCUGGGUUCCUCCUCCACCAGGUCAGCCAUGCCUCCUGCUCCUCCCUGCCUCCAGGCCUCUGCUGGUGUCUGGCUUUUCUCAGGGGGAGUGCAUCUGCUUCUGGGAAGUCAGACUCAGCUGCCACCUGCUGGGUGCACUUUCUUGUGCUGUAGGUGCUCUGGAGGAGGCAGGAGGGAUCCAAGGUGGCCCUUGUAACAGAGAGGAAGCUAAGCAAAAUAAAUAGCUCCAUUUAAUGGGCACAUACUAUGCACUGGAAUUGUGUAAGCAUGUGCCUUAUCUCAUUCAUUCCUCACAUAAAUUACAAGACAUUUCAUUUUAACUUGUGCCUAUUUUCCAUCUGGGGAAACUGAGGUUCUGAGAAAUCAAGUCACUUACUAAAGGACAUACAAUAUGAGUUAGGGAACCAGUUUUCGACCCUAAACUCAGCUUUUUAGCACUCAAAUAUGUGCUGGUGUAAGGAUAGACAAUUAGGUGGCCCAAGAACCAGGUGAGCCUUGGAGGGUAAAAAAUGUGUGGGAAGAAGGAAGCUGGUGGACCUUCUGUAUGGAGAGAACUUGGCUACUCUCAACCUGUGUGUCAGAGGCCCUGACUUAGUCUGAAACUGAAUGGAUUAUAGAUUUGUUAAAUAUU